AUGGACAUCUUCUACCAGCGUCCGCCGUUUCAGACCCCCAAAGCAGGGCACGUCUGUCGGUGCAUCGCGCUGGGCAAGGUUUCAUCAAAGGGCAAGGCCCGCACGGCCUUCCAUGGUCUGUCUCUGAGCCCAGCUGCCACCAUGCCGGAAACGGCCCUUAAGCAGCGGCCAGCAAACACAACGCCCAGCCCCUUCGUGGUUGCAAGUGAAGAGCAGGGCGAAGAGGAGCGAGGUGUCAAGCGCGACGCGGCCACGAUGGAGGAUGACGGUCCCCCACCGGAGCCGGACACCGUCUUUCUCGGGAGGCUGCCUGCGAACAUCGAGGAAAAGCGCAUCGAGGCUGCUCUAAAGCACGUGGGCAAGAUCGAACGCAUUCACCUCGUGCGGGAAGCAGGUGAGGGCAGUGCCUGCAAGGGCUUUGGUUUCGUGACCUUCUCGACUCCUGAGGAGGCUGAGGCUGCCUGCGACUUGAGCGAGCUGCUGGAGUGUGGCGGCCGGAAGAUCACCAUCUCCAUAAGAAUCGCUGGCCUGUGGAGCACCGAGUAA